AUGGAUACCGGAACAUCAGAACCUAAGGGGAAAGAGAAGGCGGUUGAUGUCGAAGAAAUCUUCGAUGUUGAAGAUGAUGAAGAGUUGGUGCCGAUUGUGAUCGAUGGAGGAUGUCUUUGCUCGCUGCUCAGAUAUCAAAUCAAUCUUUCACUCGAGUUUCAAAAGACGGAACUGUAUAAAGAGCUCGUGGGUUUUGCUCAUUGCUACUGCCAUUCUUGCAAGUGCGCCGUUUCAGGUCUUACGAGAACAUCUCUGAAGUUCCCACGGGAAAUGGUUCAAUGGACCUCGAGGGCAAAGCUGGUUGAACCCGAGCCCGAGAGCCCUGCAAGCUCAAUCGGACGAAGGAGGGGGAGUAAGUCGACAUCAAGCACCCCUGCACCAAUUGCAGAAGCGAAUGAGUCUAUCUCUAAAAAGAGCUCAGAGGGAGAAUCCUCGACUUCAGGCUCUGAACCUAACGAGCUACCGGAGAAAGUCACGAAAAGGGCAGCAAGGUUGCAGAGCACUCUUGAGGCGGUCAAGCAGGACCCAGAAUUUGACACUGAAUUUGCGGAUGUGGAUAAUGCAACGGGCUGUUGCUGCUAUGAAGAGGAUAAUGUGGACGAAAUACAGACACCGAAGAGCCCUGUCUGGGGACCAAGCAAGAAGCCGAAUUUGGGAAUGACUGCUUGGAGUGGGAAUGCUGGCUACCACAGAAGGAUAUGGAAAAGGGAAAGAGGAGUAGGUGGGAAACCCACUGCCUCAGGCGAAGCCUCGCCCAUUACCACUGCUUCCGUAUCCCCGGCUCCUUCUACAGCAAAAGAUCCGUCAACAUCAUUGAAAUCGGGGACACCACAAUCUUCUGUUGAACAACCUGAUAACACAAAAUCAAAGGGAAAAGGAAAACCUAAGGCCAAAGAAGGCCUUUGGACCAAAAUGAAAGGCAAGGCCUCUGCUGCUAUCUCAAAAGAGAAAGAUAGAACAAAGGGCAAAGAGAGGGUGGUGGUCUCAAUCCCACUCACAAAUGAAGAUUUGGAUAUACCGGCUUCUCAAUCAAAUACCUCAAAGACGGAGGUGGGGCAAAAAAUCUGCCACCUUCCCGAGAAAACAGGAACUCCGACUGGGUGUGAUAUAAUUUCUCCGCCUGUGAAUUCUCCUCAACCUUCAUCUUUAGAGAUUCUCCGUUGGGAAACGCAGCUUCUUCAUCAACAAGAAUCCGACCUAUCUCACGGACCCUGUACCUCUCAAGGCGAUACUGAAGAUUUCGACGGUGAUCCGCAAAAUAAUACUCUUCCUAUCCCUUGGCCCUAUAGAGAAUUCGCUAUCACGACUCGUGAUGGACGUACGAGUUACCGUGGAUUCUGUUCGUGGUGUGGCGGCAGCCUGACUUAUCGAACUUCAGCGACUAUUCAUGGAAUGGUUGAUAUCCACGCGGGAAGUAUGGAUGACCCUGAGAAGGCUCUAAGGCAAAUAGGGGUUUUACGGGAAGUACAUAUUGAAACUGCUGGUGGUGUGGAAGAGGGGGCUAGGUUAGGGACUAUGGUUGGGCAUUGGAGAGAUGGAACAGUAUCCAGUUAUGACAGCUGUGAUAUGGAAAGAAGGCUCUACUUUGAUAGUGAUGGCGAAGAAGGAGCGCAUGGACCAGGGGAUCAUGGGGAAACCCACGAUGAUGGGGUCAAUGCUAACAAAGAGCCUUAA